UGUAAAGAAGCACGCAUGAAAAUGUAUAAACCGACGUAUUUUUAUCAAUAUUUAACAACUGUUACCGCACUAUUAACGAUUCUAACAGGUGGCAUGCAUUAUGCGUGGCCAUCACCAUCACUUCCACAAUUAACUUCCAACAAUUCGAGUUUUCUUCAAAUUACAAAUGAUGAAGGGUCUUGGAUUAUUAUAAUGGAGUUAAUUUCUCCAAUACCGUCGUGUUUUCUCGGUGCUUUUAUUAUUGAUUUAAUUGGACGAAAAAACUCAAUUUUGUUAUCUGCCAUUCCGUAUUUUUUGGCAUGGCUAAUGAUUGCUUUUGCCAACUCUGCACUGAUGUUGGGUGCAGCAAGACUCCUAGCUGGGGUAUCAGAUGGUAUUGCUUUCACUGCUAUACCAAUAUUCAUUGCUGAAAUUGCUGAAGCAAAUAUGAGGGGGUUGCUAGCAGCGGGAAUAUCAGUCUCGUGGAUCUCUGGAAUGUUGUUUAUCAACGUGGUAGGAGCAUAUUUGAGUAUUUCAACGACGGCUUUAAUCUGCUCAGUGUUUCCAAUUCUGCUUCUUCUGACGUUUAUUUGGAUGCCUGAAAGUCCAUACCACUUGAUAAUGAAGCACGAUAUAGAGAAAGCAAGGGUCGCUUUGCGGAAAUUUAAAGGAAGAAGCGACGUCGAGGAUGAACUAACAAGACUCCAAGAAGCUGUCAAAAAUCAGAAUCAGAAGAACGCAAGUGUUUGGGAUUUAUUCAGAAAGAGGAACAACCAGGAGGCUUUAGGAAUCGUGGCGAUUGUUCGAAAUUCGCAACAGAUGAGUGGUGUGGCUGCUAUAAGUUUCUAUACCUUGUCAAUUUUCAAUGAAGCGGGUGAUUUUAUAUCACCAUUUACUGCGACUGUAAUUUACGUGACCAUUCAGUGUGUCAUGACUGCUGUAUGUUCGAUACUAAUCGAUAAAACCGGUCGAAGGCCUCUAUUGAUUGCUUCUUUGAUCGGUUCAGCAAUCUCCCUUUUUGUUCUAGGGACUUAUUUCUACAUCAAAGACUUUACCAACAUUGAUAUUAGUUCUUUUAAUUUUGUACCACUUGUAGCACUGUUAGGAUAUGUAAUUAUUUUCAAUAUCGGUGCCCAACCGAUCCCGCUACUUAUCCAAGGGGAGCUUUUCCCCACAAAUGUUAAAGCUUUAGCGUCCUGCUUUUCGGAAGUGUAUUUUUGUAUCAUAGCUUCUCUGGUCUCUAAACUAUUUCAAACUUUACGAGACUCGUUCGGGAUGUAUUUACCUUUUUAUGGAUUUGCGUUUUGUUCAGCUGUUAAUUUAGUUUUUGUUAUAUUUUUUGUACCUGAAACAAAGGGAAAAACUUUGGAAGAAAUUCAAGCUGCUCUAGGGGUAAAAAAGACAAAAACGGGAUUUUAAACUCGUGACAGAACAGCAGUAAUAAACCAUAGUGAUUAUAUCGAGUGAACAAAUAAAUUUAGGGUCGAAGUCUACUCUGCCAAACAAAUUCGAGUUUGUUUGAUUUUAAAAAUUUGUGCUGUUACCAUUUGUCAAACAAAAAAUAAUUAAAAUUAAUCAAUAAAAACUUUGAUUUUAUAAGUUUUUGAAUUAUAUGCGAAUAAAACACAGCUUGUGACAAUUUAUCUUUGAAAAAGGUCUUUUGGUACUUGUCAGAAUUUAUUUGAGUUUCAAAAAUAGUGACAGUACAUAAUUUUUUUUUCAAGCAGACUUGAAUUUUGUUUUUCAAAGUCGACUUGACUCCAAAUUUAUAUUUCAUCGUACGAUAUAAAAUUAAUAUACUCUUUGUGCUUUCUCUUAAAAUUGUGAUUAGUAUUAUUAUUCUGUAACAGAAUGGCGUUUGGAACCGCAAUUUUAAUAGAGCACCUCAAGGUUGUUAAUACAGAUGUAUCUACUUUUUUAACGUUCGGCUUUUAGAGGAUAGUGGGUAUAAAUACUCAAAAUGAAAGAAUCUUGAAAAUUGAUGAUAUGUAGUACCUACUAAGUAAAACACUUUUUUUAUCAAACGCUUAAGUUUUGUUAAAAUGAAAGGAUAGAGAAAGAUAGAGAAAACAUAAAAAAAAUAAAAUGAACUAGCAGACUGAUAACAAGUAGUUUAAUCUUUUUAUUUUUGUAAAUUAAAGAACAAAGAAAUAACAAAAUUAAAAUAACAUUAUGUAGGUAUCUAUUUUUAAAUUAAGGCAAAUAAGUACUCGUAUCUAAGGAUAUCAAAUAUUAUUAAAUUACAGGUCUUAUAUUUAAAAAAUAUGAUUGAAAUACGCUCAUGGUCACAUUUUCAAUUGCCUAGUAUUGACCUAUUGAA